UUGUGUUAGGAGACACACCGGACAGGAAAAUCAGUAAAGGCAUAUGCCGAAACUGCAACUAAAAGAAAACAUUACACCAGCAGAGCUAGCUUACAGAUCCCUUUUCAAGACAUUUGGGGGGGAAAAGGGGAUAGAACAUAAAGUGAAGAAUGACUUCCAAAGAAGAUGCGAAGGGUCCUUCAGUGGAAGAAAGAAGGCGAAGCCCCCUGGAUCAUCUACCACCCCCGGCAAACUCGAACAAACCACUCACCCCGUUCAGUAUCGAAGACAUCCUGAAUAAGCCAUCAGUAAGGAGAAGUUACACGAUCUGCGGGACCGCUCACCUACUCUCCGCCGCCGAGAAACACGCUCCUACUGGGCUUCCCCUGUCCGGCCGAGGACUGCUCACCCACACCUCCCCGCUCUGCGCCCUGGAAGAGCUCGCCAGCAAAACAUUUAAAGGACUGGAAGUCAGUGUUCUCCAGGCAGCCGAAGGAAGAGACGGUUUGACGAUUUUUGGCCAGAGGAACACUCCCAAAAAGAGGAGAAAGUCCCGAACAGCAUUCACCAACCACCAGAUCUAUGAACUGGAGAAAAGAUUUCUGUACCAGAAGUAUCUGUCCCCGGCUGACCGAGACCAAAUCGCCCAGCAACUUGGUUUAACGAAUGCCCAAGUAAUCACGUGGUUUCAAAACCGCAGAGCCAAACUCAAGCGGGAUUUGGAAGAGAUGAAAGCGGAUGUGGAAUCCGCCAAAUCGGGUGCUCCAGACGGGAAAAGUGUCACACUAGACUUUGAGCCGAAUCCCGGGGCCAUAGGCACAUCCAGAUCUCAAUCUCCACUGCUGUCACCGGAGACUCCCAGCAAACUGCAAAUGUCACCAUCAUCACCAUUUACAGACCACGCCACGAGCCAAGAAUGUUCAGAAGACGAGGAAGACGUGGAAAUUGACGUUGAUGACUGAUUUUUGUUUCUCUUUUAUUAUAUUACUCUAAAACCUUUUAUAUAAAAAUCAUUCAAAGCAAGCAUGGACUAUGUACUAUAUGCUGCACUGUUAUAUAUGCUAUAGUUAUAGUAACUUUAUAUAAAUAUAACCAAGGCAGUUUUUUCAAUUAAAGCAAUAAUCAGCAUACAGAGACAAUGACACAGUACUAACGACUGCCAAAUCAGGUAGAUUUCGUUUUUAUGGAAUGGUGCAAUUAUGUAUGGCUUCUAUAUAUUUUAAAAUAAAAAAUAAACACCCACCCACACAUUAUUAUUAUUAUUAUUAUUAUUAUUAUUAUUAUUAUUAUUAUUAUUAUUAUUAUUAUUAUUAAUUAUUCUUUUUUUGUUUUUUACAAUUUGUUUGCUCGGUUUAGCCUUACAUGGAGUUAUUCAUCGUUUCAGAAAAUACUGUAAAGCUUUCAGUGAGGCUGAAUUCAAUUUCGCAGAUUGCAUGGUACAGGUGUGCAUGAACUACUUUACUCCUUUCUUUUUACAUUAUUAUGCGUAUUCUUGCAAGUUUAUACAGUUUUUAUACUGUAUAUAUUUACUUUUCUUAGGGCGAGUAGAUUUGUUCAAAAUCUGCCUCCAUUAUUAAACAUUUUCUUUGUCUGCUCUUUACUGUUAUAUUAUGCCUACUAAACCAAGCUACCUUACCUAUUUUUGUAUGGUACAAGGUGGUAAAACUACUAAGUAUUUUAUACUCCAAUUUAUAGAAUAUUGCAUGCCACACAACCUUAAAAAGACCCUAUCAAAUACCAUUGAAGAAAAAAUAAAUAAAUACAGACUUUCUUUUAAUGAAAAAUAUGUACAGUAAACCCAGAAAGAAAACGUUUAGAUUGUGGAAUAAAAGGCCUGUUAUUUAAGUUAAUCAUGUCAUUAACAGUGUCGAUUUAUUUACUUUAUUUUAGGAUUGUACAGACUGCUCUGU